AUGAAGUCUCAUGCCCUGCUCAUCAGCCUCCUGGCCGGGUCGGCCUUGGCCCUGCCGUCUGCUCCUCGGGCGCUGGGACGACGCUACGAUGCCCAACAGGAACCUACUUUGCUUCCGCACGCACCUGCCGCGCAAGAAUCCGGUGCCAGUAACAGCCAGGACGAUCUCAAGCCACAGGUCGAGGCCCAACCGGAACCUACUUUGCUUCCACACGCACCUGCCGCGCAAGAAUCCGUUGCCAGUAACGGCCAGGACGAUCUCAAGCCGCAGGUCGACAUACCCGAGGACUCGCAAAAAUCUGGUGACGACACGUGCGACGAGUCGGUGGGUGCCGUGAAAGAGGGCACCUCCGACACAGAGGGGCUUCAAAAACAUGAGCAGGAGGGCACGGGAUUCCCAGCUCUCGAAACUAACCCAGAAUCCGAUGUCAAAAUCAAUAACCACCUCGGCGACUUCGAAACCCCUGAUAAGCAGGCGGAAACGGGAUCAACUACCGAAGCUACCCCACAAUCUGUGCAAGAACCCGAUCCCAAUGGCAACGAGGUUUCGCAAGGCAAUGUCGACAACAGCGAGGUCGACGACGACUCUGGAAGCUGCGACAAUGACGACAGCGAUGUCAGCGGCGAUGGCAUUGGCAACGGCAGCGGCGGCAGCGAGGGCUCUGACCAGGGAGAAGUGGCAUCAAAUCUCCCAACUAACCCAGAAUCCAUGCCAGAACCCGACACCAACGCCGACGAGGGCUCUGACAACCAGGGGGAAGUGGCAUCAAAUCUCCCAACCAAGCCAGAAUCCACGCCAGAAUCCAACACCAACGCCGACGAGGGCUCUGACAACCAGGGGGAAAUGGCGUCGAAUCUCCAAACCCCAGAAUCCACGCCAGAAUCCACGCCAGAACCCAACACCAACGCCGACGAGGUCGAGCAUGACGAAAAAGGGGAAAGCUGCGAUGAUGACAACAACGUCGACGACAAAGACCAGAUGUCCACAAGCAGCAGAUCAAAGGAUGAAAUGAAUAGCAACGGAGGCGCCAACUGCGACAUCGGCAAGGGCAUGUCUACCUACUUGGAUUGCUUGGCGGACAGCGUGGUGAUACCGCCUAGUGCGACUGUUGAUAAACAGAAAUGCAAGGACAGAAUUCUGGGGAGAAUCCAAAUCACCCCGGGUUUGCAGGAGCAGAGUGCCGAGAAUCAGCAGAAGUGGGUCGAAGAAAAGUUCCGUAAAUGCGUCGGGGAGUACGAUAUAAAAAGGCGAUGA